AUGUCCAAAAUUAAUGAUUCAAUAGAAUCAUCUAAAGUCAGAGAAAAUGAUAAAAACGAAGAGUUUGAUAGUGAAGAAAAAUUACCAUUUUCUGGACUUUUCAUAGAAAAUCAAAACGGAAUUGUGGGCAAGAAUUUACUUUCGUCAGUUUAUAAUAAUUAUGUAAACGACAAUCAAGGAUUGGGUUUUAAAAAUAACCAGUAUUUUAGUGACAAUAGUGAAAUGAAUACGCAAGUGGUUUCUCAAAUUGAUUAUUCGCGUCCAAACUGGUCGUACCUGAAAAACCCACAGUUUGAGUCUCAACAUUUCGAAGUUUCUCUCCCUCCAGAAAAUCGGUCAAAUGAACCGGAAAUCGAUCGUCCUAAAUCCACCCCAAACGGCAAAAGAGCCCGAACUGCCUACACCUCCUCACAAUUAGUAGAAUUAGAACGCGAAUUUCAUCGAAGCAAAUAUUUAUGUCGUCCUCGUCGUAUUCAAAUGGCCCAAAACCUCAAUUUAACUGAACGCCAAAUAAAAAUUUGGUUUCAAAACCGACGUAUGAAGUUCAAGAAAGAAGAAAAAAACAAAGUCGUGACUCCCAAAACGUCCCCAAAUGAAGCUUCUUCAAUGUCACCACAAUCGUCGUCUUCAAAUAAUUCAGUCUCACCAGCGAGUGAUUCAAAAGCCUGUCUUCAGAACCAAUUUGGGGUUUUGUAUAACCAAUUUCCAACCAGUCAGGCUGUAGUAAAAGACGAAACUUGUCAGUAUGAAACUGAAAGUCCUUAUCAGUUUAAUGAUCCUCAAUUUAAUUUUAAUUAUCAGUAUAAUCAAAUGUAUUCAAGUUACAAUAAUUACCAGGAGGGUUUUCCUUGUCAGUAUUACCAAGGGAAAAAUACUUGUGUGGGAGGAAAAGUCGAUGAAAAUGUUGGGGUUUAUAGCGGGUGGGAUGGACAGGUAUUGGAAAAUAUGUCUCAACCUAAUUUGACCUCACUAUAA